AUGCAAAUGUAUGACAAACUUGCUGAUUGCAUCAAUAUCUUCAACAAGAUAUAUGCAGGACAGAUUUUGAUUAUGUUUGAAGCUUGGCUCCUUACUACAAUACUAGUAAUAUGCAGAUCUUUGUCACCAACGAUGAAGUACCUGGAUGUUAUUUGGAGUGACAUGUUUUAUUACACAUUUCUUAAUAUACGACCAUUUUUCUUAACAACAAUAAGUGACUUUUUCAUACAAGAAAGAAGAAAAAUACUUUCUCUUCUCAUCCGCGUGCUUGUUCAGAGUGAUGAUGACAGAUGUCACAACCAAGUGCAAACAAUGAUAGAUUUGGUGCAGUCGAGAAAACUUGAGCUUUCUGCUGUAGUUACGGCCGUCAAUGUACCAAUCAUGAUUGCAUUUGCUGACCGAGUUAUAUCUUAUAGCGUUUUUAUGAUUCAAUAUUUUUAUAUUUAUAACGUAUAAUUAAAUGCCGUUUAUCAGUUAUAGCAAAACGGGGUGUCUU